AUUUCCAUCCAGCAUUUCUCUGUAACCCUAAAUAAAGUCUUUCCAGAUUCCAUUUUCAUGGCCAACAACAACCUACGAGUCAUAACCUGCAAAGCGGUGGUAUGUUGGGGGGCGGACGAGCCACUUAAGAUGGAAGAGAUUCAAGUAGAGCCACCAAAAUCUUCUGAAAUUCGAGUUAAAAUGCUAUAUGCCAGUGUCUGUCACACUGAUUUGCUCUUCGCCAAAGGAUUCCCUGCUCCCCUUUUCCCUCGAGUUCUUGGACAUGAAGGUGUCGGAUUGGUUGAGAGCGUCGGAGAGGGAGUGACAGAAAUAAAGGCAGGAGAUACUGUGAUUCCAGUCUACAUGGCUGAGUGUCAGAGAUGUGAGAACUGUCAAUCUGGAAACACAAAUGUAUGCCUAACAUACCCUUUAAACUUGAGUGGCUUAAUGCUUGAUGGCACAUCUAGAAUGUCUGUGAGAGGCCAGCGUUUGAGCCACUCGUUGUGCUGCUCAACAUGGUCUGAGUACAUGGUUGUUAAUGUAAAUAAUGCACUUAAGAUUGAUCCAGUCUUGGAUCUUUCACAUGCUUGUGUCCUUUCAUGUGGAUUUUCAACUGGAUUUGGGGCAGCUUGGAAGGAAGCUCAGGUUGAGAAAGGAUCAAGUGUGGCUGUUUUUGGACUUGGAGCUGUUGGCUUAGGGGUAUGUGCUAUUCUUUGCUUGAAUGUUUUGCUUAGGGAACUUGUAGUCAGGAUUAGAAGGAAUGAAAGAAAUUAAACAAGACCAUAUGGUUUGGCCAACGAAAAGAAUAAAAGGAGAAAUAAAACAAGAAGAAAAGUUGAAAAUGAAACAGUUUGCAAAUUGCGACGGUUUUUUGUUAAUUGUUCAAAAUCAAAUUCAAACUUUAAUAUGGGACUUGAAAAAAGAUGUCUGUUCUUCAAGGUUUGUGUCUCUCUUAAGUGUUGCUUGGCACCAAUAUUAGUGCAUAUAUAAACUUUAAUAUAGAACUUUUCCUUUU